UGUAAAUUGGUUGAACGGAAGUCUUAGUUUUCGCAGAAGAUCAAUUGUAGAAGGAAAAUAAGAUUUAGUAACGAUAAAAAAAAAUGAUGGCAGGUAUUUGCCAUGGUAACAGAGCUAUGGAAUGAAAUCUGCAGACAAAGUCAAAAGACAUUUUUAAGAGUCGAAGUUCUUGAAGAAAAAGAUGGAAUCAUGGACAAACUCAAAUUCCCGUCCAUUCAUUUGUGAUGCAUGUGGACAAGGCUUUAAACAUAAUCACCACAUGAAAGAACACAUGAGAAUUCAUACGGGAGAGAAGCCAUUCCAGUGCAAACACUGUUUCAAACGCUUCAGUCACUCCGGUUCAUUCAGUCAACACAAAAAUAAUACUUGUAUAAAGUCAAGAACAAAUGAAUCUGAAGGAGAGAAAGUUCCCCCCAUCACUGCAAGGGAUUUGAAGAAGAUUUACCAGUCCGGACUUAUGAAUCCUUUUACUCCAAAUGGACUAUUUAACAAAGUUCAGUUUGAAGUUAGACUCCAUUUUGAUCGGCACUAUGAAGUUACAGCAGAUAUGUCUGAAAUGACAAAGUCUUCAUUUGAAAUCAUCAAUGAUUCAAAGGAAAAUUUGCAGUUUGUACGAAGAACGGAAAAUGAAACAGAAUCUGAGGAAUAUCAGAUAGUUAUCUCUGAGCUUCCUCAAUCACCAUACUGUCCUCUUAAAUCAUUUAAAAAGUAUAUAGAGGCACUUGAUCCAACCAAUGACUCUCUAUGGCAAGUUCCCAGGAAUUCGGUAAAGAUGGGCGACCUAGUCUGGUACGAUGGGACAGCUGACAUUGAUUCUUUAUUGACUUUUAUGACAGGCCUUAGCCAUAAAUGUAAAUUAUCAAAAGUCUAUUCUAACCGCUCUAUAACAGAAACUAAUGUGGCAAGUGUUAUUGAUACAAUUACCAAAUAUCACUCUACUCCACCGUUAAUGACACGUCUCUCUGUACCGGCAGUACCGAAGCAUGACAUGACGGCUUUAAAGAAAGAAUCAUCUGAAUGCAAAAAAAGAGUAAAAAUCCAUACUGAAAAGUCACAAGAAACAGAAUCUAAUAACAGUUCAGUUUCAAAUAUUAGAAUUACACAUGUGAAGCAGGUAUCGGAAGGAACAUACAAUGGGACAGACAUGAGUUCUGAACUUGUGUGUCCUGAAAUUACACCUGUAAAACUAGAGGUUGCUGGAGCAUGGAACAGCACAGUCUCAAGUCCUAAAAUUACACAUGUAACACCUGAGCUGGCAGGAACAUUGAACAGCUCAGUUACAUAUCCUGAAAUUACACAUGUAAGCCCAGAUCUGGCAAGGACUUUAAACAGUUCAACUGCUAGAGGUCCUCAAAUUAUCCCCGUAAAACUAGAGGUUGCUGAAACAUGGAACAACUCGGUUACACAUCAUCAAAUUACAAAUGUAAGACCAGAUGUGGCUGGAACAGUGAACAACACAUUUACAAGUCCUGAAAUUACAUUUGAAAGGCCAGAUUGGGCAGGGACUUUGAACAGUUCAACUGCUAGAGGUCCUGAAAUUAUUCCCGUAAAACUAGAAGUUGCUGAAACAUGGAACAACUCAGUUACACAAUCUGAAAUUACUCAUGCAAGACCAGAGUUGGCAGGAAUAUGGAACAGCACAGUUACACAUCCUGAAAUUACACAUGUAAGCCCAGAACUGGCAAGACAUUGGAACAGAAUAGGUUUUAGUCCUGAAGUUACACAUGUACAACAACAUGAACCAGAGCUAACAGGGAUUUUUAAUAGCUCAGUUAGAAGUCCUGAAAUCAUAAAUGCAAGACCAGAGCUGACAAAAGCAAGGAACAUUGCAGUUUCCAGUCCGGAAAUUAUGUAUGUACCAUCAAUGCUAGCUGGAGAUGCACAAAUUGUAGAUAGAAUUGUGGAUGGCACUCCUCAUAGUGGGAUGAAAGUAAAUAAAGAUGAAUGCAGUUUGUCCACAGAAUCUAAGGAUAAUUUACCUUUGUAUAGAAAAGUUAUGGAAUUUGUAUCAUCAGAUAAUGUAGCAAAAGGCGUUGGUGUUGAUUCUUCCGAUAUUUGUCACCAGGUGUCUAUAGAAGAGAAGAAAAAUCAACCAAUGAAACCAUCUCAGACCUAUUUCACUAAGAAACAAAUAGAAAUACUUGAAUCACACUUGAUAAAUGGAAGAAAUCCUGACUUUAAAAUCCUGGAUGUAGCUAAGGAAGCAGGAAUCAGCAUACAAGCUGCAGUAAUUUGGUUCCAAAAUGCCAAAGCUAAUGCAAAUAAACAACAAGGGAUGAAGAUAUUAGAUCAACAUAGCUCUGUAUCAGAAAUUGAUGACAUCAGUGGAGACAAAGACAAGAAGGGAACUGAAGCUAAAGUAGGAACGGUGCACCAGUCAGACAAGAAGGGAACUGAAGCUAGAGUAGGAACAGUGAACCAGUCUUUGGAGAAUGAAGAAGUACCAUUACUUAUGGAAGUUGAUGAACUUAUAUCAUCUGAUAGUUUUGAUGAAGAAGAUGAAGUAGAUUCAGAUACAGGUCUUGUUUCACCAGACACAGAUUUCACAGAAAAAACUAGUAAUGGAGGGAAAUCUUUCAGGACACGAAGAAAUUCUAAAACACGUGGUCAACAUGGUCAACGUGGUCAACGUACUUUGUUUAGGGAGAAACAAUUGCAAGCACUCAAAUUUCAUUUCUUAAGGGAUCAAAUGCCUCACACAGACACAUUAAUGGAAAUAGCAAAUUCUAUUGGAAUAAGUGAAAGAGUGGCAAGAGUAUGGUUCCAAAAUGCUAGAGCUAAAAAACGUAGGGAAUUAAAGAUUAAAGAGAAACGGCGAAAUUUUAUAAGACACAGAAAUUCUGAAAUAAAUCCAAAGUUUAAAGGUCAACAGAAUAAAUUACCAAACUUGGAUUGUAGUAAUUCUAGUAUGCACAUGUUUGAAGCAGACAAGGAAGAAAAUAGCAAUCAGUCCGGGUACCAGUUCCAGACCAAGUUAUCUGACAAACCUCAUGACAUGAUGUCAGCGGUUAUUAAGACAGAGCCAGAGGACAUUGGUAAAUCUGAAAAAGACCCAUUGAUAGAAAUCGUAGAUGAUAGCUUACCAUGUUUAAGAAGUGGUGGACAGGAUAUGCUAUAUGACAGCCUACAAAAUGAGGACAAAGGCUAUCAGACUAUGGAAUGUCGUGUUGUUCCAGAACAUAUGAAAGUUGAAGAGUUUAUAUCCUCCGAUCAAUUUGAUCAGAAAGCCCUUCCAUCUCUAAACAAAGAAUCUACUGUUAAACAUGCUGAGAUCAAGGUUACAGAAGAAUUGAUUAUUACUGAUAUCAGAGAGAAAGAGAUUGGAGAUACAGUGGACAGGGAGAUGGAGUCGGUAACAUUAACCAUUCAUACAGCUGAUACAAUGAUAGGUGAAAUUAUAGGCAAGACAAAUAGUAAGGACUUGAAAGAUAAGGAUAAUAUACUUGACUCUUGUGCUGACCUUAUACAUGCAAUUAAAAUAUUAAUGGAGAAAACAAGAGAUUUAGAAAGAGAAAUAGUGGCACAGGGCAGGGCAAAAUCUUCCAAAAAUGAAUUCUAUAAGAACAGUCAUAGAUGGACGGAACGAUUGUUAUCCAUAACUAGAUCUGUUGGCUUAGGUGUCACAGCAUUGAUUGAAGCUGUAGACAAACUAGUAAGUGGAGAGGGGAAUUCUUGGAAGCUUAUUGCCUCUUCUAAGGAGAUAGCACUAUGCACAGCUCAGCUGGUGGUAGCAUUAGAGGUCAAGUUAGAAAGACGAAGUAAAAAACGGGAAUCAUUAUCAGAGGCAUCCAAUAGGGUUAUUCAGAAUGUUGAAAUAAUUGUUGGCUUAGCGCAGGAAUGUUCAAAGGAUUUUGGAGAACAAGAUAUUCCAUUACCAGGGAUUAGUGGCAUAAAUACCAGUAUAAAAGAUAUGACAAGGAAAACACAUUUCAGAACUUAUUUCAAUCCAGAACAAUUAAGAUUAUUGAAGUCUAUUUUCGUUCUUAUAACAUUUCCCAAUACAGAUACAGUGAUAGAGAUAGCAAAACAAACUGGGUUAAGGAAAGAGGUUGUACAAAGUUGGUUCAGAAAUGCCAGAGCUAGAAGUAGGAGGCUAAAUUGGACAAAUGACCAGCAAGUUGAUCAGGAAAACUCUGCUGUAGAUGAAGAAGAACAUUAUAUUGAUGAACACGAUGUUGAUAAGGAAGAAAAUAUUCUGAAUGAGCGAAGUUGUGAUAUAUCUUCUGAUAGUCCCAUUACUAUUACAAAUGAACCCGAUGAAGCAGAAACACGGACCCCAGAGCUAAUUACCGUGUCAACAGAUGACAAAGAUAGUUCUCCAAGCAGUGUGACAAUGUUCAUACAGACUUCACAGUCAGAGACUGGCACAGAUGACACAGUAUCAAGUUCAGAUGCUGUUGUAGAGAUAAAACAUGAAGUGAAAGAUGACGUUAAUAUAAUAAAAAGCCAUCAAUCACCAGAUAACAGUCAGAAGAAUGAAAGUCAACCAACCACAAUGUUUUAUGAUAACCACCUAUAUGAAAUAAUUCCAAAGAAAAAGAAGAAAAGUUACAAAAGAAAGGUCCGUCCACCAUAUACAUAUGCAUCAUUAGUGAGACAGGCUAUUGUAGAAUCUCCAAAGAGACAAAUGUCAACAAGUGACAUAUAUGUAUGGACACUGAAUACAUUCCAACAUUAUAAACAAGAGGCUGACAUUUUAACAAUGAAGAAUAACAUCAGACAUACUCUGACUGCUCACAAUUGUUUUGUGCGACUUCCAAGUGACAGUUCAUCACUAGGAGUAUGGUCUGUUGAUGAUGAAUUGUUUGACAAAAUGAAAAAACCUCAUAGAAGACUGGAUGCAGAUGAAGUUUUUUUAUAUACAAGAACAGAACCAAUAGAAACUUCUGAAUUAAACACUUCUACAAACCAUACCUCAUUUGAACUUGCUGUGAUGAACAGUGGUGUAGAACUAAAUGAACCUUUUGUAUUAAACACUGCUGAAGAACCAACCUUGCUGGAACCUUCUGUAUUAAACACUACUGUUAAACAGACCUCAUUGGAACCAACUAUUUUAAAUGCUUCUAUUGAACCAACCUCGUUGAAACAGUUUAACACUGCCGCAGACCCAAAAACGGAUAUCACCUCCGCUUCACAAAAAGAAAACAACUUGGAACAAAGAAGGUUGGUUGACCUAAUGUCCUGGAAUGAUUCAAUACCAAGUAUGGGAAAGUCACAACAACUUAAGUAUGUAAAGAAUAAGUUUGGCAGAGCAAGUUUGGUCCUUGGAGGUUACCGUUACAGUGCCAAGACCAAACGAAAUAAUAGAAUUUACUGGCGAUGUGCAGUACCAUCCUGUAGAGCAACGGUGAACACACAUGAGGGUCAUUUGGUCAAGGUCGGCACACCACAUGACCAUCCAGCCUACCAGACAGGGUGGUUUAAAAUCAAUGAACCACCAGCACAGUGCCAAGACAGUCAGCCUUGUGAAAUUGAAUCUUUGUCAGAAGAAUUGGAAUCCCCAGGGGGCCAAGAUGAAAGUGUUCUACUUCACUUGGAAUGUGAGGAAGUGUUUUCAUUAGACAGUGAUGACGAGCAAGAUCAAUUGGAACAUACACAUUCGAACUGUGAUGACAACAGCAUUAAUAAUCACAGGAAUAGUACAUCAUCUAUAUCACAUGACAAGAAACAAGAAGUGGGUGUGGACAACUCAAUAUCUAGAUCACUUGACCUUGGCAACUCAACAUCUGGAUUACAUGACCUUGACAACUCAACAUCUGGAUCACAUGACCUUGACAACUCACCAUCAUCCAGAUUAUAUAACAAAAACCUAAAAGGGAAUUUACCAAGACUGGUUACUGACAUGGACAACUCAUCAUCGACAUCACAUGACAUACCACUUGACUUAAAAAACUCAUCACCAUCCAGAUCAUGUGACUUGGACAACUUUGAGUCAUCUGGAUCAAAUGACAAUACUUCAGGGUUACUGGAAUCACAUGGAAUGGAAGAAGAAUUCUACUCUUCAGUGGAAGAGGGACACAUAUUUGCAGUAAGGAAACCAAGAAGAGUUUACAUAAGGAGACCCCCUCAGCCAUUUACAUAUGCCUCUUUGAUACGAAAGGCUAUUGUAGAAUCUCCUUACCAAAACUUAUCUUUAAGUGAAAUCUAUCAAUGGUUACACAAUGCUUAUUCAUAUAAACAGACAGAUGAUAUCACCACAAUGAAGAACAAUGCCAGACAAGUUCUGAGUUUUAAUAAAUGUUUUGUCCGAGUAAUUAACGAAAAGAAUGAAGGAGUAUGGACAGUUGAUGAGAAGGAAUUUGACAAACUUAAAGCACCACAUAGGAGAUUAGUCGGCUGUUUCACUAAAAGAAGCAGUAAAUCUGUAAAGGAUCCCAAAUCAGGGAUUAAGAACACCAAAUGGCAAACAGAGCAGAAUGAACAUCUUUACCAAAAGUCACCAGAAGCUGCUAUAGAUUGUAUAGUUGAUGAGUGUAAGGAUGUAUUAUUUAGAAAAGCUGGGGAACCAGAGCCUGUACAGAAACUACAAAAUCUUAUUUACAACAUUAAAUCACCACCACCAUUUUACGACAGUUUUCUAAGUGAUACAAAGAUUCUACAAGAAGAAUGGGGCCAGGACAAUGAAUGUAACUCUUCAAUUGAAGUUGACGAUUUACAAGCAGCAGAACAUCAUACAGAAGGACAAGGAGAGAGAUUCCCAUCACCUAUAUAUAUGUCCAUAGAGAGUGAUGAUGAGAAAGAUUCUGAUAAAGAUGACCAAACUAUUUUGCAAGAUGUCAGACAGAUGAAUUAUUGGAACCAGCGCAGCAGAAUAAGACGUACCUGCUUUACUGAGAAACAAGUAGAAAUUCUCCAGUCUCACUUCAACAAAAGGAAAUAUCCAGAUUCAUGGACCUUGACAAAACUAGCUCACAAAGUUGGCAUAAACACAAGAGCUGCACGAGUCUGGUUCAAGAAUGCUAGAGCUAAACGGAGAAUGGAUGUAGAUUACUCUAAAAUUGACAAUCACAGAAUUGCUUCAGAACUAUAUGGAAAUGGUAACAGUUUUGGUGAAUCACACCAUGUUGACAAGAGUUUUUGGAUGCCAGAAUCUCAUGUUGUUAUGGGGUCUUCAUUAUCACACAAGAAUCAAAUUGGUACACUGGAAGAUGAGUCCUUAUCAUUAAUAAAUGAAGACUCUGUUAAUUGUGUGAAAGAACCUGACAUGAAAAUAAAGCACAGCAGAACUUCAUCUUACAACCAGGAACCAGUUUUUGAAGUGACGCAUAUCAGAACAUCAGCUGACAGCAAUGAGCCAAUCAUUGAAGUGAAAAAGAUAUGUUCACUUGAGAAACAAGAUGUAUCUGUCAGAAAUUCAUCUCUCAACAAGGAACCAGUCAUUGACCUGACGGAUACCACAUCAUCAUUGCCUAGCAAUCAAGAGUCAUUGUUCCAAAGUGAGCAAUUCAGAAAAUAUGUCAUCAACCAUGAACCAGUCAUUGACUGUAAGGAUACCAGUUCAUCUUUAAUUGGUAAAAGCACAUCUGUCAUUGAUGUGUUACCUUCAAAUAAUUCAUUAAUAAAAGUAGAACCAAUCAAUCACAAGGGUACCAGUUCAUCAAUUAUCAGUCACAAGGGUACCAGUUCAUCAAUUAUCAAUCAGAAGAGUACCAGUACAUCAAUUAUCGAUCAUAAGGGUACCAGUUCAUCAAUUAUUAACCACAAGGGUACCAGUUCAUCAGCUAUCGAUCACAAGGGUAACAGUCCGUCAAUUAUCAAUCACAAGGGUACCAGUUCAUCAACUAUCGAUAACAAGGGUAAUAGCUCAUCAAUUAUUGAUCACAAGGGUAAAAGUACAUCAAUUAUCAAUCAUAAGGGUACCAGUUCAUCAACUAUCGAUCACAAGGGUAACCGAACAUCAACUAUCAAUCACAAGGGUAACAGUACAUCAACUAUCAAUCCCAAGGGUAAUAGCACAUCAAUUAUCAAUCACAAGUCAAUCAUUGAUAUGAAGGAUAUAAGUACAUCACUUAUAAAUUGGAAACUGAUAAGUGAUGAUAUUCUUAUAGAUGACAGUUUAUCAAUAACCAAACAGGAUCUAGGUAUUACUACUUUGUCACUUGAAAGUCAGGACUCGUGUGGUGAAAUAAAGGCUUCCAUUAAAUCCAAGGUCAGACAGAACAUUGUUAGUGAAAAGAAAGAUACUAGUGAACCAGUUAUCACACAGAAACCUGUCAUUGAAAUGGAAGGUACCAGUGUAUCAUUGAUCAGACAGGAACCAAUCUGUGAGGAACGAGGGAACCAUAUUGAAACCUCUGAGGAUAUCAGUGAAUCACCAGUUAAUAUGAAUCAAAUAAGUCCUUCUGAAGUGAGGGUUACUAGAAGUAGGGCAUCAUUAAUCAGUCAGAAACAGGAUGGCAAAAGGCAGGGAAAUAGUGUGUCCAAUCAGAAACAGGAUGACAAAAGGCAGGAAAAUAGUGUGUCCAAUCAGAAACAGGAAGGCAAAAGGCAGGGAAAUAGUGUGUCCAAUCAGAUAACAGAUGUAGUUUCAAAUGUGAAGAGAACCACAAAGGCGCAUAUAUAUACAGAAGAAACAGAUGAAACAUCAGCAUCAGAGACUGAUACAGAAGAAAAAGAAUACUCUGUAGAAAAGGUUGUUGAUUCCAGGAACAAAAAUGGCCAAGUAGAAUAUUUACUGAAAUGGGAGGGAUACCCAGACUCUGACAAUACCUGGGAGCCAGAGGAUAAUAUAGAUUGUCCUGAACUUGUUGCUCAAUUUGAACGCAAGAAGAAAUCUAAAGAGGAACUGAAAAGGAAACUUUCUGACUCAUUCAUGGUAUCACCAGAGAAGAGACAGAAAACGGAAUCUUAUCCAGAAAAUGAAACUGAAGCAAUAAAUGAUGCAGGAACAGACAAACAAGCAGAUGCCAACACUUUGCUAAAGAGACUACCUGAAGUAGGAACCAGUACAACAGGGUAUGAGGUUUUCUUCAGAUUCAGAUUAAAUAACAUUAAUGAAUUGUACCCGAACUGUGAAGACAUUGGUUUGAAUAAGAUUAUAGAAAGCAAGUGGAUAGAACUUAACCAGCAGGAGAGAUAUAUGUAUUAUAUGCUGGCACUUGAAGUUUCCAAGAUGACAUCGGAACAGCAGCUUAAGUAUUUCCAGAACCAGGGUAAAAUAAAUGAGGAGAAUAAAGUGACUGCUUUAAGCAAGACAGAAAUAGAUAUAAUGCAGAAGCACCAAGAAGAAAGUUUGAAAACAAAAAAUGAUACAAUAAGUUCAUUAAUGGAGCAGGGAUAA